GGGGGAGGAGCGGUAUAAAGUCCAAUCAAAGAGUAAACAGACUGCGGCGAGGACAGAGAGAGAGAGAGAGAGAUUUGUUCCAUUGUUCGGCAACUGUCUUUACACAAAAAUAUGCCAGGAUACACAAUCACAUAUUUUCCUGUGAGAGGGAGAUGUUCGGCUAUGCGAAUGCUUCUGGCUGAUCAAGGAGAGGCGUGGAGCGAAGAAAUUGUGACCUCGGAGAAUUGGCUUGGAAUGAAGGAUUCUUGUGUCUUUGGGCAACUUCCAAAAUUUCAAGAUGGAGAUUUUGUUCUCUUCCAAUCCAACGCCGUCUUACGAUAUCUUGGCCGCAAGUACGGAUUAUACGGGAACAAUUUGAAGGAAUCGGCAAUGAUCGACAUGUUUAAUGAUGGAGUUGAAGAUCUUCGAUUAAAAUACGUCAUUCUGAUCUAUAAAGAUUACGAGACUGGAAAGGACAAGUUUGUAAAAAGCCUUCCAGACGAGUUGAAAUGGUUUGAGAAGAUUUUGGAAAAUAACAAUAAGGGGCAAAAAUUUAUACACGGUGACCAGAUUUCCUUUGCAGAUUACAACCUUGUUGACCUUUUGGGCAAUCUGGAGAUUUUGGCACCUGGAUGUCUGAAAAAAACGCCUUUAAUUGCCGCCUAUAACGAGAGGGUAAAAUCUCGCCCGAAUCUGCAAGCUUAUUUACAGAGCGAUGCUCAUCGUAAACUCCCUAUCAAUGGAAACGGCAAACAGUAAUCUACCCUCCCCUCCUCCCCCUCACCUACAUGAAGAAAAUUAACUUGAAUUUCAAGAUUCAAUAUCAUUAAUUGUUAACUUACAACAAGCUAUUAAAAUCUACUUUGAGAUGAACAAUA